AUGACGUUCAUCGCCAAGACGUUCUACGACCUGAAGGCCACCAAGCUGGAGGGCGAAUCGGUGGACUUCAACGUGUUCCGAGGACGGGUGGUGCUCAUCGAGAACGUGGCCUCGCUCUGAGGCACCACCACCCAGGACUUCAGCCAACUCAAUCAACUUCAGAGCAAGUACCCUCAUCGGCUGGUGGUCCUGGGUUUCCCCUGUAACCAGUUUGGAUAUCAGGAGAACUGCUCCAACGGUGAGAUCCUGAGCUCCCUGCAGCAUGUGCGUCCAGGUGGUGGCUUUCAGGCCAACUUCACUAUCUUUGAGAAGUGUGACGUCAACGGAACAAACACGCAUCCCGUCUUCGCCUAUCUGAAAGACAAGCUCCCCUACCCCGACGACGACCCCAACUCCCUCAUGCAGGACCCCAAGUUUCUGGUUUGGAGUCCUGUCUGCAGGACAGACGUGUCUUGGAACUUUGAAAAAUUUCUCAUCGGGCCUGAAGGAGAGCCCUUUAAGAGAUACAGCAAAAGGUUCCCCACCAUUGACAUCGAGCCCGACAUUCAGAGAUUGUUAAGAUUAACCAAGACCUAAGAAUAGCUCCCACCUCAUAAUGGCUUCUCAUUUAUCAAAGUCUAUGCUGAUGUGCUGUCCUCCACACUUUUAAGUCUUAUUAAAUGAGGGUAAUAUUCUGAAACUCUCAGAGAAUAUUACCUGAGGCCUUGUAAGUGCUUAACAGUAGUGGAUGGCUACUUUCUGUAUAUUUUUGAAAACACUUUUGAGCAUUUUUGGUUAUGGAAAAAAACGUAUAAUGCAGGUUUAAACAGUAAAGUAUGGUGAUAAAAACAUGAAUCACAUGAAGAACAUUAUGUAUUUCCUUCUGCAUGUUUCUCUUUCUUGUCCUAUGUUGGUCUGGCCAGCAGAUGGGGCUACAGAUUUGAUCAAGCAAACAGACAACCUCUGUAAUGCAUUAACAUUCACAACACACACGCUCACACAA